AUGAAGGACUCGCUGGUGCUGCUUAGCCGAAUCCUGGCGCACCCGGACUCCCGCUGCUGGUUCCUGGCCUGGAACCCCGCGGGAACCUUGCUGGCCUCGUGCGGCGGCGACCGCAGCGUCCGCAUCUGGGGCAGGGAGGGUGACAGCUGGAACUGCAAAUCUGUCCUUUGUGAAGGCCACCAGCGCACCGUGAGGAAGGUGGCCUGGUCUCCGUGCGGAAAUUACCUGGCCUCGGCCAGCUUUGAUGCCACCACUUGCAUUUGGAAGAAGAACGAGGAUGACUUUGAGUGUGCCACCACUCUGGAGGGCCAUGAAAACGAGGUCAAGUCAGUGGCCUGGGCUCCGUCUGGCAACCUCCUUGCCACCUGCAGCCGAGACAAGAGUGUGUGGGUCUGGGAAGUUGAUGAAGAGGACGAGUAUGAAUGUGUCAGCGUCCUCAACUCCCACACACAGGAUGUCAAGCAUGUGGUUUGGCACCCGAGCCAGGAGCUGCUGGCCUCCGCCAGCUAUGAUGACACAGUGAAGCUCUACCGAGAGGAAGAGGAUGACUGGGUGUGCUGCGCCACCCUCGAAGGCCACGAGUCCACCGUGUGGAGCUUGGCCUUUGACCCCAGUGGCCAGCGCCUGGCAUCUUGCAGUGACGACCGCACCGUGCGUGUCUGGCGCCAGUAUCUCCCAGGCAAUGAGCAAGGGGUGGCAUGCAGCGGCUCCGAGGCCAGCUGGAAGUGUGUCUGCACCUUGUCAGGCUUCCACUCCAGGACCAUUUAUGACAUCGCUUGGUGUCAGCUGACAGGGGCCCUGGCUACUGCCUGUGGGGAUGAUGCCAUCCGAGUAUUUGAGGAGGAUCCCGGCUCAGACCCGCAGCAGCCCACCUUCUCCCUGACAGCCCAUGUGCCUCAGGCCCACUCCCAGGAUGUCAACUGCGUGGCCUGGAACCCCAAGGAGCGGGGGCUUCUGGCCUCCUGCAGUGACGAUGGAGAGUUGGCCUUCUGGAAGUAUCAGCCAUCUGAAGGCAUCUGA